AUGGUGAAAUCCAGCUCCUGUUUGAGACUAAUCACAUGCGGUGGUGGUGGUGGUGUUGAUAAAGAACAAGAUCAACAAGUUGUUUCUGAGGUGAAGUCUUUGACGGAUUCCGAGGUUAAGGAUUCUAAUGAUAAGCGCGGUUGGAGUUUUCGGAAGAGAUCUGCGAGGCAUCGUGUGCUUAGCAAUACUGUGAUAGCAACAGAGACUCCGACUUCGGCGAAUAAAGAGAUUUUGGAAUAUUCAAGUGUUAGUUUUCAAUCUCUGGCUGAAUCUAUUGUUGUUGAAAAGAUUUGUACGACAAAUUUCUGUAGCGAGAAGCCUCAGUUAUCGUCCAAUGCAUACUCAGAGGUGCCUGAAACAAUUGUCACUGAAAAUGAGGAUAAGGUGGAUGUCGAUAUACCGGAAUCUGCUGUGAUAGUCGUCCAGGCUUCCAUUAGAGGAUACUUGGCUCAGAGAGCACUGAUAAAGAGUAAGAAUGUAGUGAAGUUGCAAGCUGCUGUUCGUGGGCACUUGGUUAGGAGGCAUGCUGUAGGAACGUUGCGAUGUGUUCAAGCUAUUGUUAAAAUGCAGCUCCUUGUGCGAGCCCGACAAGCUCAGCAGUCACAUUCAGAUCGCAAAAAUGAGCAUCAGUCGGCCAAAUCAAAUGCAAAGCACAGUUCUGUGGAAAAGCUUCUCAGCAAUAAAUUUGCUCGUCAGCUGAUGGAAUCAACACCGAAAAACAAAUCUAUCCAUGUCAAAUGUAAUCCUUCUGAAGGUGACUCUGCUUGGAAAUGGUUGGAGAGAUGGAUGUCGGUUUCAGCGAAAGAUUCUGCAGAAAAUAAAAAGCCAGUUAGUACGACAGACCAAUUGGAUGAAACCCGCGAUAGCACUCGUGUCUCUCAAUUGGAAACAGAUAUUCCAUCUGAAGUUAUUCUUCAGUUAGCUGAUUCACCUCUACCAUCCGAGGACGAAGAGAAAACCUCUACUUACGAUGAUACGAACUCAUACUUUCAAGCAAGUCCCUCUAGAUCUUCUCUCAUAAAGGAUAAGUUGGAAGAGGGUCCUCCCGAAAAGACGGUUACAGAUAAUGCUAAAGAAGUCUCUCCUGAAAUAGAUUCUUUCCGAAAUGAAAAAAUAGAUUCAAGCGCAAGUGUCCGACAGGAUCCUGGUUCUCAGGAUCGAGACGUUGAUGGUGAAAAGUGCAAACAAUCAGUUAAAGCAUUUGCCUCAGACCAACUAGAGACCGAGGGAAAGAAAAUUGCAAGUGUAUCAAGGAAGUUAAGCAACCCUGCAUUUGUUGCUGCUCAAUCAAAAUUUGAAGAGCUGAGUUCAAAUGCGAAUUCGAGCAGACCAAGCUAUUUGUUUGAUCAGGAUGUAUCUGUUGAAUCACAAGCAGAUACUGCAUAUAUAUCAAAAGAGUUCAUCUCAUCUGAGAAUUCUACACCCUAUCCUUCCAGAAUUGGUGAUCCUGAAAGUGGCACGGUACUCUCUAUUUCUUCAACUCUUGAUUCACCUGACAGAUCAGAGACUUUGGAAAGCGAGCAUAAUGCCAAAGAAAUAUCAGGCACAUAA